UGCAAAACAUUGUAAUAGCAGAUUUAUUUUGUGUGUAUGUUAAUAAUUUUCCUAGUUUUUUUAAAAUUUUUUAUUUUGUAUUUUCAUUCAUCAAAUGCAUCACAAAUUUUGUUUAAACAAAGUCUUGGAAAAUUUACUGAUAGCAAUCAAUGCCAAAGGAACAAUCACGAGUGGCAUCUACUUCUACUGGUGAAGAAGAAGUAGAUGUUAAGCCAGACUUAAAUGAUAUUUUAAGAUGUGGAGCAUGUGAGCAGUUAUUCUUUAAUUUGGAUGACUUUGUUGCACACAAGAGUGACAAUUGUGUUGCACCAAAAGAUGCAGCAAGUUCAGGGGAAGAAAGUGAAAUUGAAGUUAUUCGGCAUGAUCCAAGUAAGGUAAAGAAACAUACAAAGAGUACCAAAAAGUUAUAUGAUGAAUACGAAGAAGAAUAUCAUUCCUUGUAUGGUCACAAGAAAAAAUCUAAGUACAAUGAUUAUUAUCUUUCCAAAAAGGAUAAAAAACACAAAUAUAAAGAUAAAAAGAGUUUAUAUGCAGACAUUCAAAUAAAAAGUGAGCCUUUAGAUGAAUAUGAGGAAGCCACUUACUGUGGUAUAUGUGAAAACUGUUUACGAACAGAAGAUUGUGAAGAAUGUGAUGUUUGUAUUAAAAAAAAAUCUGGUUCAUGGAAAUAUGCUACCAAACGAUGCCUUUUACGUCAGUGCAUUGAAGAAAUCAAUGGUCAAGUAUACCAAGUUGAGAAAGUUCUAGAUAAAAGGAUUGUUGAUGGCCGGGUGGAAUAUUUUUUGAAGUGGAAAGGCUAUCCUGACUCUCAAAAUGGUUGGGAACCAGAAGAAAAUAUAUAUAGCAAGGACCUUAUUUAUGAGUAUGAAAGGAAACAAGAAUUGGAGGAAAAGAAACGACUGGCAGCAGUUAAGCGAUCACUUCAAGAUCCUUCAGGUUCUACUCCUGCUAAAAAAGUCAAGCUUGGAUCUGAUGAUAUCGUUUCUGGAACUGUUGUUGCUACAGAUUCUUUAUUGCAAGCUUUGGGUAUUCACCGGGACUUAAGUGAGGUACAGAAUGACAGCAAUAAAAAGUUUUCAAAAGAGAAAGAUAGUGAAGAAAAAAUGUGGGAGAUUUUAAAUAAAAUUCCCACUAGUGUUGCUCAAGAUGGUAGUGGAGAUCGGUCUAAUGAAGGCCCUUCUGCUAUUUAUUUGCCAAAACCUGGUGAGCCUGGAAAGUACAUAUUAGUUAUGGGAGAACAGAAUCAAUUAAGUUUGUUGGAACAGUCCAAUUUAGACCCUAAAGUAUCUUUAGGAAAGAAACUGGUACCUGAAAUAAUUCUCAAUAAGAAUGAAACAAAUUUUUAUCCUACGAUCAAAGUUGAAGCUGAUGAUGAUGAUAUACAAGUAAUAUCUCAUACCCCCAAGAAAACAAAUACUAAUUUGUAUAGUUAUAUGACAAAUACAACAACACGUAAAAAGAAACCUGGAAGACCCAAAAAACCAAAAGUCGUAGAACCUCCAAGUUUCACUCAUGAUGAAACAACAAAUGAUUCUCAACAGAAAGAGGAUGAACCCGUUUCUGGUAGACGUCGACGUGGAAAGCUUCCAUCUAGAUGGAAUGAUUACAUUGUUGAAAAUUUUGAUGAGGCAAUAACAUCAUCAACACCUAAACCUAAAUUAGGCAAAUUUUCAGAAUCUGAAAUGGAUGUUUCUGGAGACAGCAACUUUGAGGAUAAUCUUUCAGGCAAUUUUGAAGAAGAAGAAGAUGAUGAUAUCAUUCUUCCUGAUGGCACAGCUCGACGUGGAAGUAAAGGCAGUGGAAUUAAAAUGCCUCGGCCUGUGGUCAUUCCCCUUGGUGGUGAUGCUCCCCAGCAGUCAUCUGCUAAUGCUGGCUCUUCUGUUGAACAAAUGUGGAAAUUCCCAUCCACUAAGAAACGUGGUAGGCCACGCAAAUUUGAACCUCAGCGCCACAUUAUUGUACAGAACAUACCUCCAAGUACUUUUACUUCUCCUGCUGGUACAAAGCCUGAAUUCCGACAAAGGACAUUGACAGUCACACCCAUAUUCAAGACUAAUACAGUAUUAUCCAGACCGAUUGCUCCUAGACCUGAGCCAGGCAUGAAGGUACUUCAGACUGGUUCCGGAGAAAAAAUACUUGUGCCUGAAUCAGGUGAUGAAAAUUCAAUGACAGCAGAUGAUGCAAAUAUGUCUGGCAUGUCUAGUCUUGAUAAUAGUAUCAAUUAUCGUGAGUUAAUAAGUGAUCCAAACUUCAGUCCUCUAAAAAAAGGUCCUGUACGCAAGUCUUUUCAGUUUAGUCCUGAAGUUUUGCACCGAAUGCCUAGUUCUCGUGGAAGGGGAAGUUCACAUGGUUUAAAACGUAGGCCAGGGAGACCUCGGAAAGAAGACCAAUUAAGUCGUUUAACUAAUGGAGGUUAUCUUGGUGCCACAUUAAGUGAAUUGAUGACCAGAAAAAGCUCUAUUGUGAGUCGAAAAAUCAAAGAGGAGAGAGAGAUAAAAAAGAAUCGUAUAUUUGUAGUUAUGCAAGAUGGAACUAUGGUAGAAGUCAGUGGUAAUGACCGGCAAAAAGCUGUUCUGAAAGCAACUGCUAAAGUUGAAGCAAUAAGACGAAGUGUUGGAAGGAUUAGAGAAAUAGAAAAAGCUAAGUAUAUGGAAGAGGAUGAAGAUGAUUAUGAUGAUCCCAAAAAACCAGGGUCGAGAUAUGCUUAUGCUCUUAAAAAGCGGGGUGAUACAAGACCUGCUCUUGAGGAUUGCACUCUUGAGACGAUUGAUGAUUACAAUGCAAUGAUUUUACCGAACUCAGUACAGCUUGUUGAAAGUGAAUUGCCUCUUAGUGAAGCUGAUAACUGCGACAAGUUAUCCGGAAUGUUCUUGUUCCGUCAAAUAUUUUCUUCAUAUGAUAACACACUUCAGUGCCUAUUCUGCAGGAACAAAUAUUCCCUUCGCUUUCCUGCUGAUCUUGAAAAACACUAUCAUGUAAUUCAUGAACUUGCAGUGCAUACUAAUAAGGCCGAGUUUAAUGAAAAUAUUGUUUUUGUCUGUGUACCAUCUGAUGUAAAUGAAGAUACCACUCUGAAUUCUGGCUGUCGCUUCUGUGACACAAUUCUCAAAACUUUGUCUGAAGUUCGAGACCAUUAUCCAAACGCACAUAACAAAACUGUAAGAUUAGUUCCAGAAUCAGAUGUGACAGAAAUUGGUAAUUUCUUUUAUUGUGGACUUUGUGGUCAUCCUUCAGCUGAUUUUUCAACUCAUCAUAAUCAUAUGAAACAGAUGCACAGAAUGCAAACAUAUGUUUGCCGUUACUGUACAUAUUGUACUUCAAGGCCAAGUCGGUUGAGAACUCAUGUCAAACAGAGACAUUUACAGGAUCAACCUGGACCUCAUUUACAGUGUUCUGUGUGUUCUGUUUAUGUGCAUGGUAAAGACAGGCUGACAAAGCAUAUCAUGCUCUCUCAUGCAGUCCAGACAGGUCCUAAAACAUGGUCUUGUGCAAAGUGCCUUUAUCCAUAUGGUGAUCCUCAUGAAUUAAUGAAUCACAUACCCACUUGCCCAAAACUACAGUCUAAUACUGAAGCAAAGACUGGUGGAAAUGAAGCACAACCUGUUAAAGAAGUCCUUUUUUAUAAAUGCAACAAUUGUUCUCUCACUUUUGCCUCGGAGGAAGAAAUCAAAAAACAUAUGGCUGAAGAAAUCCAUGAUCCGGGAGCCAUUGAAGAAGUGAUUCGUUCCACAGACAGUCAUGAAGGUGGUCUACAAGACAAUCUCCAAGCAGCGAAAUGUGAUCCUGCUACUUUUGAUCACAAAACUUGCUUCUUAUGCUUUAUGAGAUUCCCUACUGUGGAAAUGUGUAAAAAACAUCAGCAUCAUGUCCAUAUGCGAUGGGUGACUAAAGGGUUACCAGAUUAUUCUAAAGAUGGUUAUUCGGGUUUGUAUAACCCCUAUUAUUUCUUGGAGCUUAACAAGAAUGAAAAUGAAGGAGAAAUUGGACAAGCUAUUCAAGAAAUCCAAUCAAAUGCAGUACUUGAGAUGUCUCUUGGUCAGAAUGAUGCAUCUUCUUUAAUCAGUAAUCUUGAACAAUUUGAAUUGAAUGUAAAAUCUCAGAUAAAUGGGCAACAAAUUUUUGCUCAAGGUACAACAGAGACAGCAGAAGGAGAACAAGCUGUCACAGUAUCAAUUAAAGAAACACUUCUUGAUCAGCCAACAGGAUCAGAUUUCAUUUCAAAUGAUAUAGGAGAUCCUAGCAAAGCUGAAAAAACCUUUGAAGCAAUGGACUUCCUGGAUCUUCCUGGAGAUAAAAAUGACAGUGAAGGAGAUAGGUUAAAUUUCAACAAAGAAUUGUCGUUGCCUAGUAUUCCUAUAAGAGAAGAAUCAGAUGUAAGCAAAGAAUAUAGAAGACUUGGUGAAUUCGAUGUCUCACUUGAUGAUUUGCCUGAUGAGAAAGAACUUGCAGAAAUUGGAUUCCCUGCAAAGGUUGGACAUUUUUGCCAUAUAUGUGAUGCAGUCAUCAAGAGCUAUCGAUUGUAUUACCUUCAUAUGCAUAACCUACAUCAAAUGGAAAAGAGAUUUCAGUGCAUUAUCACAGCUUGUAAAAAGACAUAUUCUGAUGCUUACAGUUUUCAUCAACAUGUUUAUAAUGGGCAUAAUCAAAAGAGUGAACAUUAUUGCAGCAUGUGUGACAAUGUGUUUGCUGAUGAUGAAGAACUACAGGAUCAUCUUAUCAGUGCAGACCAUGCUAACAAGUAUAUGCAAGUGCAGGAAAAAUACAAUAGAACUGAACCCCGAAACCACAGAUGUAAAGUAUGUCACAGUUGGUUUGGUUUAUUUGCAACAUUUGUGAAACACAUGGAAACAGAAGGUCAUAGCUAUCAGUGUCGAGAAUGUGGUUUACUUUUUGUACAGCCUGGACCUAGACGAAACCACAUCCAAAGUGUUCAUCCAGAAAUUGCAAACAUCUGUGAGAUUUGUAACAUGAAAUUGGCUACAUCUGCACAAUUGUGGCAGCAUCUGUCUACACAUAACAUUGUUCAUGAAUGUUCAAAAUGUCACAGAAGAUUCUUACAGAAAGAACAAUUAGUUGCCCAUUCUGAAGUACAUGCGCCUCCAACUCCAUGUCCUUGGGAAGGCUGCAAUAGAAAGUUAGCAACAAAAGUUGGCCUCUUCAAUCAUUUGAGGAUGCAUAGAGGAGAUACAGAUUUCAAAUGUAGUAUUUGCAAUAAAGGAUUUUUCAAGAAGAAAACAUUGGAGAGUCAUAUGAAAAUCCAUGAUGAAAGAGCACCUAUGCAAAUGCCUGCUAGUAGAGGACGCAAGAGCGUUAUGAUGGGUAGAAGUGGCCAUGUUGAAAUGAAUCAACAUGUCGAGGAAAUACAAAUUGAGCAAGCAGAAGAAUCUAUUGAUUCUAAUCAAACAGAAAUGAUCCAAUUAGUGUGUGCUGGAUGCAUGCGUCCAUUUGAAUCUGAAAAUCACUUCCAAGCUCACAUUUGCACUGGCCAAGCAGCUACUGAUGCUCAGGGCCAAGUUGUUGUCACUACUGGCCAGCCUGUAUUUGGACAAGAUCAUCAAAUAAUAGUGCAGACUGGUGGAAAUGGAACUGAAACAACAAUAGAUGCUGACCAACUUGUUGCCACUGCACAUCAGACUCUUGCUAGUUCUUUAAAUUUGUCAUCACAAGAAUUUGCUGAACAACUUGCUCGGGUUGUUGCUGAAGCUGCUGGACCUGGAGGACCAGGGCAGGUUACAGUGUCCAUUGCUCCUAGUGCCAAGUUGGAUGAGUCUGGAGCUGUUUCUGUUAGUAUCCCUGAAUAUGAAGAUUCUGCUGGUUUGCCUGAAGAAGGCACUGUUGUGUUUAACCAGGAAAACGGUACUAGUACUAUCAUGACUGCUCACCAUCUUGUUGAUGCGGUGGAUCAAGCAGAACUUCAGCAGAUACAGACUAAUGAAAUUGUUACAGAUGAGCAUGGUAAUCAGACAAUUUUGAUAAAGAAUGGAGGGGAUGAAAACCUCAUGAUACAAGAAUCACUGGAUCAAGGAAAGGAUGAUUCACACCACUCUUCAGAACAUGCUGUGUUUGCUGUGGAUAGUGAUGGCCAGCAUGUACUUGUGCCAGUUGAAGGUAAUCUGCAAGCAGAUGGACAAGCUACAAUGGAUUUCCAGACUCAAGGAAAUCAAGAUGCAACUGAGGAAUUUGUUGCACAGAUUUCAAUGGGAAGGAAUAAGGGAGAUGGAACUCUUGUUGAAAAUGUCCAAGGAGAAAAUGAUGCCCAAUUGAAAUCAAUCCUGGAAGUCGGGCAAUUAGAAGGUGACGAUUCACAAGAGAAUGCCCAGAUUGUUAUGAUGGUUUCCAAUGAUCAAGGUGGAGAAGGUGAAGGCCAGCAAGUACCUAUUCAGCUGCCUGAAGAUCAACCCUAUGCCAGUGCAGCACUGUUGAAGAUACCUACUGCAGAUGGUGGACAUCAGAUGCUUAUUAUUCCAAUCAAUGCUAAUGAAAAUGGCAAUACUGUUCUGACCCUUCCUGAAGGAUAUACUUUGGGUGGUGGUGAUGGCGAUGGAAAUAUAACUUUGGCUCUGGAUCCUAAUUCAUUACCACUUGGUGAAGGUGGAGAGCCUCAACAAUUAAUGUUGCCUGUAGAUGCUGAUGGACAAAUAAAUUUGGAAAGCUUACUUCAGAACACCACAGUUGAUGCAUUACCAAAUGAAGGUUGACAGAUAUCUCCAUCUGAAUGAAAUCCAUAUUCGUGAUGGUUCACAUGGUCAUUGUAAUCUAGUAUUCAUCAAGAAACUUAAUUAAGUUUGCUUUUCCUCCUAUGCCUUUAAUUGAAGUUUCUGUUAAAUUUCUUUUUGUAAUAUAAUCAUUUGUUUUGCUCAUCUUUUUUGCCAAUGAAUUACGAUUUAUACAACUGUAUUCAUUUUUAUCUCUCGAUCUUAUAUAUAUGAUUUAACAGAAGCUUUUUGUGUAGUUAAAUGUUUUCGUCUCAACUUGUUAACUUAUUUUUUCAGUUAUCUUCAUUUCCUUUGUGCAUAAACGUCAACUUCGCCAUUGUAAAACCCAUAUGCAUACUAUAUUAGUAUCUAUAAAUAUAUUUGUAAAUAUAAAGGAGAAAUGUCUAUAUGGAUUUUUAACUGUUCAUUCAUCCAAAGGCUUCCUUAAGAUUGCAUUGCAGUCUUAGCUUGAAUCGUCAUUAAAUUUUUGCACUUCAUUCAUAAUUUUUUCCCCAGGUUCUGCUGCUUGGGGAGAGUGACUGUUAAUGCACUCUACAUUUUUGGGUUUGAUAUUAGUAUUGAAAAUAAACAGUAAUUAAUUUUGCUAGACUUGAAUAAUUUGCUAUGUAUUAUUCAAUAAAUUAUGUACAUAUUGCUAUCCUUUUAAA